AAUCGCAGGUAAUGCAAUGCCUGAUUUGUAAGGGAACAGUCCGCCUUCAAGAUUUCGCCAUUUUCGAAAUUCGAAUUCAUGAGUCUUCAGGAGUAAAAAUGAGCCUUUUUGGAUUUGGGCAGUCGACGGACAUAUUUAUCGAUCUCGAAGACUCUGACAGUCGCAAGCAGAUAGAGGUUCGCAACGAGGAAGGAAGAAAAGAGAAAUUGCUUUUAUACUAUGAUGGGGAAACGGUCAAAGGAAAGGUGAAAGUGAACCUAAAAAAUCCUGGUAAAAAGCUUGAACAUCAUGGAAUAAAAAUUGAGCUGGUUGGGCAAAUAGAGCUAUUUUAUGAUCGCGGCAACCAUCAUGAGUUUACAUCAUUGGUCAAAGAGCUUCAUCAACCUGGUGUUAUGACAGAAAACUCCUCAUUUGACUUUGAAUUUGUAAAUGUUGAGAAACCGUAUGAAACCUACACUGGAACAAAUGUCAGACUAAGGUAUUUUUUGAAGGUGACGAUAAGUAGACGACUCUCAGACAUGACGAAAGAGAUGGAGAUUGCUGUUCAUACAUUGUCAUCGUACCCAGAAAUAAACACCAGCAUAAAGAUGGAAGUCGGAAUUGAAGAUUGUCUACACAUUGAGUUUGAAUAUAAUAAAUCCAAAUAUCAUCUUAAGGAUGUCAUUGUUGGUAAAAUAUAUUUCCUUCUUGUUCGAAUUAAAAUCAAACACAUGGAAAUUGCCAUUAUCAAGAGGGAAACCACGGGAACAGGUCCUAAUUCGUACAAUGAGAGUGAGACUAUUGCAAAAUACGAGAUCAUGGAUGGUGCCCCUGUUCGUGGGGAAUCAAUUCCAAUCAGGCUGUUUCUGGCUGGCUAUGAUCUUACACCGACCUUUAAGGAUGUUAAUAAAAAAUUUUCAGUAAGAUAUUAUCUUAACCUGGUCCUUAUUGAUGAGGAGGAACGAAGAUAUUUCAAACAACAGGAGAUAACUCUGUGGCGCAAAGGUGAGUUUAAAAGACGGCAGCAUCCCGUGCUAGUGACGGACUCAGAGAAAAAGGAAAAAGAUGAUUCAAAAUGACCAGAAUAUAAUUUUUAUACAAAGAAAUUGUUGAAAUCCCAUUGUACAUUGCUAUGAUUGUGAGCGUUCACAUUUACAGCCUCACUUUGCAAAAGAAAUCGAUUCCUCGGCCUAAGGCAAGUUAGACGAACGUGAUGACUGAUGAGUGAUGAAUAGUAAUUCAGACGCUGUUCAUACGAACUGCAGGCUACGCAGAUUCCUAUCUUUGCCCUGAUACUUCAUGUUGCCCAAAUAUUCCCGUCAAAUAAAGCCAAAUAAAUACUAUAACUUUGCUGCAAGAGGUAAGGAUAGCUAUAUAACGUAUAAAGGUAGAUUUUUUUUUAAAAAAAAGAUUUCAGGAACCUGCGUCGCCUGGUCGUAUGAACAGCGGCUAGCACAGUUACCUAACUAAUUAAAUUUUAAACAUACACUUACCAUUGUCACCCGGCCUAAACGCUAUUUGUUUAGUCACGUGACGGUUACCCCAUAGCCAAUUGUUUAAAAUUGAUUCACUGAUAGAAAUGUAUGACAAGUCGUGGUUUAGAAUGUAGAAAUUUAGAAAAUGAAAUCAAAAGUUGAUCCGUAUUAUUCACUCUGAUGUUUUAUCUUCCACCAGUCAUG